GUAAAGCUCUCAACUAACCAAUGAACUGAGCUAAGCAAGAACCAUCAUUUAUUAACUAUUUUCUCUUUCUUAUUUUAUUUCUUUGUUAUUUUUAAUUAUUGCAUGUUUGGGACACAACUUUGAAAUUAGAAAUAAAGUAAAAUGUUUACUUUACAUUUAAAUAUUGAUUGGAAAGUUUCUGGCUCCUCCUUAUGUGACAGGUGAAAGUGAAACUAUUUAAUCAGGAUUCACCUUGCGAUUAGAGAAAAGUAUGUAACUAUAGCUAGGUAUGUAGAAGAUUUAAAAUCUUUUUAAAGGUGAUAUUCUAGUCAACAAAGAAGUGAAGAUCAGCAGUUCCUUUGUAGGUAUAAAAUAACCAUUUGAGCUGCUGUCAUGAGUCUCUCGGGGAAAAAAAACACAAUGAACAGCUGUGUGUCCAUGAAGAGUGAUGCAUCAAUGGAUUAUCCACUGCACUUUAGUGCUGGAGACACUGGCUUAUAUCUGAGUCAUUUCAGUAAAGCAGCAGAUGAAUCAAAAUCCUUAAAAGGAAAUAACAUGGAUUCUGUUUUCCAGGAGCUUGAGCACAAAAUCAUCUCUCUGCUGAAGAAAGAGCUAGAGAUAUUCAAGAGAUUACUGAGCCCAAACUACCUAGAACGCUCUGAGAAAGAUGAUGGUGAUGAUGAUCAGAGCAGAGUCAAAGUGGAGUUUUUGAAGAUCACACUGCACGUAAUGAAGAAGAUGAACCAGACAGACCUAGCUAACACAUUACAAACCAAACUCGCCCCUUUGUGUUUGAAAACACACAAAUCCAGACUAAAAGAGAGAUUUCAGAGAAUUAAUGAAGGAAUAUCAAAUCAAGGAAGCUCAACACUUGUGAAUGAGAUCUACACAGAGCUAUACAUCACAGAGGGAGGGAGUGGAGAGAUUAAUAAUGAACAUGAGGUGAGACAAAUUGAGACAACAUCCAGAAGAUCCGAGACACAAGAAACACCAAUCAAAUGUAAUGACAUCUUUAAGCCUUCACCUGGACAAGACAAACGCAUCAGAACUGUGCUGACUAAAGGAGUCGCUGGAAUUGGAAAAACUGUCUCUGUACAGAAGUUCAUACUGGACUGGAGUGAAGGAAAAGCAAAUCAGGAUAUGCACUUCAUAUUUCCACUUCCUUUCAGAGAGCUAAAUCUGAUAAAACAGAAAAAUAUCAGUCUGAUGGAUCUUCUUCAUCAGUUCUUCAUAGAUACAAAACAACUGAGAUCAACAGAUCUUGAUGACUACAAAGUUGUGUUUAUCUUUGAUGGUCUGGAUGAGUGUCGACUUCCACUAGAUUUCUUAAACAAUCAGAGUUUGUUUGACGUAAGAGAAUCAGCUUCAGUGGAUGUGCUGCUGACAAACCUCAUCAAGGGGAAUCUGCUUCCUUCUGCUCUGAUCUGGGUAACAUCACGACCAGCAGCAGCCAAUCAGAUUCCUCCUGACUGGGUCCAUCAGAUCACAGAUGUACGAGGAUUCAAUGAUCCUCAGAAGAAUGAGUAUUUCAUCAAGAGAAUAAAUGAUCAGAGUCUGGCCAACAGAAUCAUCAGACACGUCAAAUCAUCCAGGAGUUUGUACAUCAUGUGUCACAUCCCAGUCUUCUGUUGGAUUACAGCCACUGUUCUAGAGAGAAUGUUGAGUGAAUCAGAGAGUCAAGCAGAGAUCCCCAAGACUCUCACUCAAAUGUUUACACACUUCCUGAUCUUUCAGACCAAACUGAAGAGUCAGAAGUAUGAUGGGAAAUGUGAAGUAGAUCUUCAACAGGUCAGAAAGAGUCUUCUGUCACUGGGAAAACUGGCUUUUCAACAGCUUGAGAAAGGGAAUCUGAUCUUCUAUGAGGAGGAUCUGAGAAAGUGUGACAUUGAUGUCAGAGAAGCUGCAGUGUACUCAGGAGUUUGUACUCAGAUCUUCAGAGAGGAGUUUGGACUGUAUUUGGGGAAGGUUUACAGCUUUGUGCACCUGAGCAUUCAGGAGUUUCUUGCUGCUUUUUAUAAGUUUCAGUUAUUUUUUCUGGACAAAGAAAGCAAGUCAAGUAUGACUGAUUUAUUGAAGAGUGAAGUGGAUGAGGCAUUACAGAGUGAGAACGGACACCUGGACCUUUACCUACGAUUUCUUCUGGGUCUCUCACUGGAAUCCAAUCGGAAGAUCUUACAAGAUCUGAUGACACAGUCAGAAGGCAGCUCUGACAGCAAACAGGAAAUAGUUGAGUACAUUAAGAUGAAGAUCAGAGAAAAUCAAUGUCCAGAGAAAACCAUCAAUCUGUUUCACUGUCUGAAUGAACUGAAUGAUCAAUCUCUAAUGCAGGAGGUUCAACGAUACUUAAACAGAAGAGAACAUAACUACUGUCUUUAUGGAGUAAGUCUUUCUCCUACUCAGUGGUCUGCUCUGGUGUUUGUGUUACUGAACUCAAAAGAGGAGCUGUAUGAGUUUAUAUUGAGCAAAUAUAAUCCAUCAGAUGAAUGUCUUCUGAGGCUGCUGCCAGUGGUUAAAGCAUCCAGAAAAGCUGAUCUAAGUGACUGUAACCUCACAGAGAGAGGUUGUUCGGCAUUGGCCUCAGUACUCAUCCUAAACUCCACAAAUCUAAGAGAACUUAACCUGAGCUACAAUGAUUUGCAGGAUUCAGGAGUGAGGAUGCUCUGUACUGGACUGAAGAAUCCAAACUGUAAAUUGGAGGCACUACAACUGGAGUUCUGCAGUAUUGGAGAUGAAGGUUGUGCUGAUUUAGUUUCAGCUCUGAGUUCAAACCCCUUACACCUGAGAAAACUAAAUUUAAUUCUUAAUAAAUUAGGAGAUUCAGGAGUGAAGCUGCUCUCUGAUCUACUGAAGGAUCCCCGCUGUAAAUUAGAGAAGCUACAUCUGAGUAACUGUGAUAUUACAGAGAAAGGUUGCUCUGCACUGUCCUCGGUUCUCACCUCAAACUUCUCAAGUCUGACAGAACUGAACCUGAGUGACAAUAAACUGCAAGAUUCGGGUGUGAAGCUGCUCUGUGACGGACUAAAACAUGCAAACUGUAAACUGGAGAUAUUACAUCUAUAUCGUUGCAAUUUUGGAAAUGAAGGUUGUGCUGCUUUGGCCUCAGCUCUGAGAUCAAACCCAUCACAUCUGAGAGAACUGAAUCUGAUCUAUAAUAACCCAGGAGAUUUAGAAGUAAAACUGCUCUCUGAUCUACUGGAGGAUCCACACUGUAAACUAAAGAAGCUUCAUAUUUUCCCUCGACUAUAACAGCAAUGUUCAAACACUACCAACUGCAUUCUAUCAUAAAUUGCAUGAGCUGCCUGCUUCUUACUGAACUAAAGCAGCAACAGUGAUCCAGCAGUGUCAUCACUUUUCUUGGACUCAGCUGAGACUCGCAUUAUUUGUGAAUUUAAUCUGAUGGUGCGUGGUGUGCUGUUACAUUAGCACUGUAGCCUCACAGCAAGAAGGUAUCCGGUUCAAUCAUGGUUUGGAAGGUCUUUUGUAUGGUUCUCUGGUUUCCUCUCCGAAAACAUGCUGGUUGGGUGAACUGGAGAUGCCAAAUUGUUCAUAAACUUAUUGUGUAUAGAUUAAUUUGUGUGUACAUUACCUUGUUCUCACCAUGAAUGUAGCCAUAGAUGGUGGAAUGGUUUCAAGCAAUAAAUAAAUCCAAGAUGACGUUUACUUUCAUUUUAAGGAUCUACGACAUGAUUUUCAAAUUUAUAUAAAAUAAAAAUGUCAUAGCAGACCACAGUAAAGGACAGUUUCAACCAAUAUACACUUUGCACUUUUAAUGAUUGGUUUGUAAAAACCUUCACAAUUCUUUUUGGGUGUUUUCACACAUUGUGAACACGUACAUUUGUCAUGGAAAUGCUUAGUUGGUCGUUUGAUGGUUCAUACAACACUCAUAAGCUGCCAUCAUGAUUUGUGAGCCCUACUGAAAAAUCCAGCUAAGACCAGCACAAGCUGUUAGCUGGUUUAAGGUGGCAGGAGCUGGUCUAAGCUGAUCCUCCCAGCCUGGCAAAGCUGGUCAAGCUGGUGGGUCAGCUGGUCUUCCAGCAUGACCAGCUAAGUCCAGCUAGAUCAGGUUAAAAAGUGACCAGAACACAGCUAGACCAGCUAGCUACACCAGCAAUACCAGCUAAAUCCAAGCUGGGAGACCAGCUAAAACCAGCUCACCAGCUUAUGCUGGUUUUAGCUGGAUUUUUCAGUAGGGAGUUGUUUUACGGUAACGUUUUGUUACAGAGUUCUUAAGUCAACAGCUUGCCCAGUUUCAAUCUUCACUCAUGGCAUUGUACAUAUUUUAGCUUUUUUUAAAUGUCCUAAUAAAAAUGUUCUUAAUUUCGUUUUAAGAAUAACAAGAACUAUAAAAAAUAACAGAAUAUAAAAAAGUAACAAUGUAUUUCUUUAAAAUUUAAUGAGUUAAAAAAUAAAAACA